GGAAGGGAAAAUGGACGCCAUAGAUUCCGUCUUCGAUCCUUUGAGGGAGUUCUCAAAGGACAGCGUUCGCCUCGUCAAGAGGUGCCACAAGCCCGACCGCAAAGAAUUCACCAAGGUGGCGUUCCGUACGGCGAUCGGCUUCGUGGUGAUGGGAUUCGUAGGGUUCUUCGUCAAGCUCAUCUUCAUCCCCAUCAAUAACAUCAUCGUCGGAUCCGGUUAGGUGAGAUGUUGCUUGAGAAAAAUGGAUUGAAAACUUCGUGGUGUUGCUUAGCAUUGGCAGAAGUAAUCUGGCAAUUUAGGUUGAGAAAUAGGCAUUACCUGGCCAACUGAACUGUUCUGUCGUUUAUACUUUGAUUUUGUAGUAAACUUCAUGUUGGAAAUGCUUUACCUUUUUACAUUGUAGUUGAAACUCUUUGAUGCAUCAAUUAUAUCCUUAUUUUUUGGCAC